AUGGCUGUUUGCUCUCAAAGUCCUUUGGAGCUCCUCCAAGGCGUUUUUUGCCCUACUAUCGCAGUGACUUGUAGCGAAGAUGCUGAACAAGUUUGUAUGAAAAACAAGUUGUCUUUUGUGGAGAUGACACGACCAUUUUGUCAGCUUACUACUGAAGUAUUUAGAUACUAUGUUCUUCUACAUGAUGUCUGUGAUGGUGUUGAGUCCAAGGCAGAGGCUAUAUAUCAGAGCAUGAAAUCUGUCUAUGGUCUCCAUGCAUGCCAYAUGUUGAUGGUAAACUCAGUUAAUCCAACAGCUGCUCUGCAAGUUCCAAAUCUGCCAGACCCUUGGAGUCAGUUUAUUAUACCAGCUAGUGAAGAAACUUUGGACUGGGAUGACAGUAUUGAUGGUAGUCCAGAGACAUCAGAAGAAGAUCCUAUUAAUUGUGCUGUUGAUGAAAACUUUGACCCUGAGGCUGCCAUCAAUGAUAAUGAAGAAUUAAAGACCCGCUCUGGCUCAGGCUCAAUGCUGAUUGGUCCAUUGACAUUUGAAGAUGAUYCUGAAUCAGAGUCUCAACUCAAUGACCUCCCMAUGAAAGGAAAUGCAGAGUUGUCAAAUGCACAUGAGAAAAAGCAUUUGGCAGGUCAGUUCAGGUACUUCUCUACAAGGAAGUUCACCAGUGCCAUAAGAAGUCAGGUGACACAGCGWUCACAUGGAUUAUGUCUCAGCCUAAGUGAUCAAGACAGAAUUAAAAUUUUUAUCCAUGAGUUGGCAUUCAGAGGUCUUCUACCAUAUGUUGAAAGGAUGAUGAAACACCUUUAUGAUCAAAUAAUGGCAAGGAAAGGUCUUCAUAGAUCAAUAUUCUCUGCCACUAAAAAGUGGUUUGGAGGAGGAAAGCCUGCAGGUCUUGCUUCUGGUCUUGUUCCAGGAAUUAUCUAUACCAAUGAUGCCCCUGAGCUUUAUCACAGAAAGCUGGGUGACCUUGCAUUUCUGGUGCARAACUAUGAGCUGGCAUACAGCUGCUAUCACACAGCAAAGAGAGACUUCAACAAUGAGCAUGCAUGGUUCUAUUUUGCYGGAGCAUUAGAAAUGGCUGCAAUUUCAGCAUUCUUAGCUAGCUUGCAAAGACCAUAUCCAUCACAUUAUAUGGAAACAGCUAUUUCAACAUACCUGAAUGCAUGCAGGUCAGGCAACAUGCUACCAGCUUCACUUUCUGAGACAACUAAGAAUGUAAAUUUUCAUAACUUCCCAACAAGUCUUCUUUGUGGAGAAGUGUGCCGUACAACAGCAGAACUGACCAAUUCAGGUCAAUGUACUCUUACUAACUUACACAUGGCAUCAAACCAUCCAGACUUCUUUACCAUUGGUUCACACUGCAUUCAAAGACAUGACAAGAGUAUUUAUCAGUCUACAAGUGUUGGUCAUACUAGUCUAUUAGAACCUGUCAUGUCUGAUAUUAGACGUGUGUUAGCUGUUCCCAUAGAAAGCUUGGCGCCUGGUGAGUCCGUUAAAUUACCAGUGUGGGUCCAGGGAUGUCAACCGACUGGCAAUUAUACCAGAGAUAUUCAAUUUUAUUAUGAAUCUGAAAAGAAGAAUUCAAAGAUGAGUCAUCGUGCUCUUCAACAUGCAUUCCACAUCAAUUCCAGUAGUUCUCUGGCUGUGCGGGCAACGGCUAGAAGAAGUAAACAUAUCAAUAACCUCGAAGAUGAAGAUAAAGAGCAGUUGGUUGUGGCUUUAGACAUAGAAAACCUUGUACAGGUUUGUUGGUUAUUAGAAGGCAUUAUU